AUUACUGUUUUAAGUUUUGAUUUGUUUUAUGCUAUAUUUGUUUAUUUUAUUUCACGUUUAGUGGUGACUGAUGAUUUCAUAAAUGUGACUCAUUCAUUAUUCACCAUGUGCUAUGUCGCAGCGAAUUUAAUUUCCAACUAUAUUAAGGAAUGUUUAAAUUGCAGUUAGUUUUAAUUACUAUUUACGAAACAUAUUUCACAAGAUAUGUGAUGAAAUAGUUAUUUUUCCCCAGAUGUGCUUAUCUACAAUCGAAUUUUAACGUCACACAGGAAAUUUUUAGUUCAUUUGUAUUAGAAUUUUGAAAAAGAUCUUUCCAAAUUUUUUUAAAAGGGAUACUCCGUAGUCAUAAAGUUGUUGCCCUUUCGUAUGCUUUGUUGUUUAAUGACAAUGUUUUAUAUUUCAAGGAAUUAGAAAUGAAGUACCAAGGUCACAACUUGAUGGGCUUGAGUCUAUUUGUAGAUUUAAUCUAAUAGAACUAUCUGUUUGCAAUUUUAAAAUUUGAGAUGUCUAGUCGCAGUAUUGUUGCACUGCAGUCAUAUAUGGCUGUUCCUUUGUAUGUCCCCCCUGGGGAAAUAAACGUUGGCCGAGCUUUAUUCCAUGAUUUUGUUCAUGAAGAAUUUGAACAACAGGGAUUAGAUGAUGCUGCUGUUAUUGAUAACUCAAAUGAAGAUAUUGUCAGGGAACAUAUGGCAAUGGCACAAAAUCUUUUGAAUGCUGAGGCAGAUGGCUUAGGAGCAGGUGUCCCAAAUAUUGUACUUCGAACUAUUGGAAGUGAUCUUAGAAACUUAGCUAAUGACUUUGCUCGCAGUCCCCAAAGAGGAGAGGUUAGGCGUCACGCAUAUAGAGUUGACCUGCGAUCACUUACUUAUGAAGGAUUUUUGACUUUACUCCAAGAAGUAUUUAGGCAUGGUAUCAAUGUUUAUAAUAUAGUGGCCCUGUUUUACUUUGUUUCUGAUAUUCUUAUCAGAGCUGUAAAAGUAGAAUUAGCAAAAAUUGGAAUAAAUUUGUUUAGGUGGGCUCUACAGUACAUAUCUGAAAAUGUUUGCAGAUGGGUUUAUGAACAUGGUGGUUGGGAGAAAGUAAUCAAACAAGUCAUGCGAGGGAGAAAUGUUGCCUAUGUUGCGCUUGGUGUUCUUGGAGUUGUUGCUGUAUGGGGAAUAUAUAAAGGAAUUAAAAGCUAAAAUGAUUGUUUUAAAAAUUGCCAUUUAUCCUACAGUGAAUUUCUUAACUAAAGUCAAUUUGAUUAUGUUGACUUAUGUUUGAUUUUGUGCUACAUGUUCAGUUUAGAUGUCAUCCAAUCAAAAUGCUUAAUAUUCGUUAUUGCUAUUAUCUAAAGUGCCUUUUCUUGACAUCUAUAGAAUAUGAUCUCGUAUUUAUUCGUCCUUCUUUGUAUAUGUAUUACAUUUGUAUUUAUAUAGUAUUAACAUACUGUUUCUUAUAUAUCUCGUGCUCAAUAAUCAAUGGACUAAGUCAUUUUUUUUAUAACAACAGACAAGGUUAGCUAACCUUAUGAAGAGUUAAAGCAGAAAAUAAUUUUUGUUUAUUUUUUGUAGAAACUCUCUAAUUUUACUAUUUGAUUACCUAUAUGAUUCAGUAUAGCAGUUCCGAACUUGGGAGGCAGGGCAUAUUGUGAGUAUUAAGAAUUACAUAUCUAUCUUGAAAUGUCAUCGUGAGCUGCUUGAGACUCUUCCCUAUUGUGAAUUGGCUUUUCAUACAGAAUUGAAGCAUUACUUUUAUUUAUCUUAAUUUAUUUUACCGCUUUUACUUUUCCUAGUAAUUUUUGUCAAAAAUAUUCAGGAAUAGGUCUUGAGAAGCUAUUUUACAUAAUUUAAAUCAUUGACAACUGAUUUAUCACUUUCUUCAAUUUUGUUACCAAAUCAUUAAGUUAGUUCUUUCUGGACCUAUGCGAUACUAAUUUUACGCUUUGUUAUUAGAAAAGAUAAUUUAGAUACAUAAAUUAAUCAUUUCAAAUGUUCAGGAAAUGCCAGUUCAUAGUGGGGAGGCGUCCCUAGCGGCAUACAAUGAGUUGCCGUGCAACUCUUGAUCCUUAUGUACCCUAUCCACUCUCCAAGUUUGUUAUUGGUGUACGACUUUCAACAAUAUGUUGAAAACUGUGAAAAAAUCCUAUAAUAUAAUUUUUUUUAAAAAAAUUGUAGUUUAUAUAAAAAUCAUUUAUCCGUAUCUUAAAAAUAACAUUUGCUUACUUAAGCAUGAAAUAUUUUGAAUGUACAAAUUUAUUUUCCUUUAUACAGUUUUUGUACUUUUACAUAUUAAAGUAUUCUUUUGUAUAAAAGAUAAUGUAGAUUUAUAUACUGUUUUCAUACUUUCUUAAAUCAUAAAUGAAACUUUCAUUUUCUAUUAAACUCAUGAUCAAAGCGCACAACUUUAAAAUGGAAGAUGUGCAAAAAUUAUCUGUGUAUUAAUGGACUGUGCUUUUUAAAUUAUGAGUCUGAUUUGUGAAUGCAUUGUUUUUCAAAAACUUUAAAUAUCAUUCUAAAGGAUUAAGAAUUAUAGUAUCAAUAAUAAAAUAUCUCUAAAACUAUGCCAUGUUUUAUUUUUCUGAAAUUUUAUCCAUGUGUAGAAUAAAACGUAGUCAGAAAUUUUUUACAAUAGAAUAUCAAGCAAGUGGAUAUAUCUUGUUCAAAGAUAGAAUUGAUUCAAUGAAGAGAUAGAAUGAAAAGAUAGAAUUGAUACAAAAGUAUUCAUUGAACUUUUAUUUUUGUAUGUCAUAUUAUGUUUUUAUUAGAAAUUGGCAUAUUAAGCAAGUCAAGAUGGUAUGAAUCAAGAAAGGUAGUAUCAAGUCAGGUAGUAUCAAUCAAGUUAAGGAACUUUUGUACUUGUGUAAAUUUUCUAUGUAUAUUUUAAAUUUUGAAAAGUUUUUGUUAUAUGUAUUAUAAAAAUAUUUUUGUGACUGAUUAUAUAAACAUGUGAAAAAAUUUAUUUGUAAAAUUAGAUAAACAUGUAACGAUUGUUAACUUUAUAGAUAAAGCACUUAUCUCUGAACUGAGCGUUUGUGAUACUUGAAGACUUUCAUAUUCCAACCGAUUUUCAAACUAAAUGACCAGUUCUCCUUGUAUGUUUUUCAAUGAGAAAUUUUUACACUAACUCACUCAGAUGCAAAUUACUUGGUUUGUUUACCAAAAUAAGAUUAUAGAUUAUUAGCGUAAUAAGAUUAUUAACAUUCAGUGUUUGAAAUAUUAAUGACAAUAAAUACAUGGUUUCAAUAUUUCAAAACAUGUAUUUAGUUAUAGUUCCCCCUCCCCCUACAAUUGGUUUCUUAUCUUUUGUGCAAGCAAUUUAUUGUUUACCUAUAUAGGGUUCACCUAUUUUUACAGCAGAAUUGGACGAAGAGAAAAAGUUGACUUUAAGGUUAUGCACUCUUAAAAUAUAGAACAAAAUGAGAAAUAAUUUCAUACUGUAUGCUAUUAUAAUUAUGGACUGCAUUUUUGUUAUUGUUUGACUAAUGAGAACUUUCUAAGUAUCAGAUUCAAUUCCUAUAUCAAAAUAUUUUAAACUGGGUUAUAAAUUUUUUUAGCUGAAUUUUUUUUUGUUAAACAAAAGCUUUGACCCUUCCACUUAUAUAGUAUUCCUUAUUUGCACUGACCUAACUUAAAAUGCGCUUGUCUCGUUGAGAUGCACAGGAGAGAUAAUUAAGUCUGAUAUCACAUUUAAAGACAACUGUCUGUGUGAGCAGGGUAUAAGUUGUCCACUAACUCCCAGUCCCGCUCAGAAAUGAAAAGAAACAUUUAAUCUUGUUUCUUGCUGCUCAUAAAGUUAAUGAUUAAAGUAAGAUUGCAAUUGUACUUACCAUAAGUUAUCUACAUAUUAUCAAUUGUAAUUGUGCCUGUAUACUUCUAUAUUGAACUUACUCUAUGAAUCCUGAACUAUAUUGAACUAAAGUAUUUACAUCUCAUUGUUUGGAGUAUAACACUGCCUGGUCUAUUUCCAAUGUCUGUUUUACAAUCAUUGGAGCAUCAUAUUUCCGUAGUUUCUCUUGUUAGUAUCUUUUUUUUUUUUAAAUAUUGAUCAUUAUGGAAUCUUACUUAAUAUUAAAAUUUGUUUUGUAAUUUGAUUUAAUUUGUACUUAAUAUCAAAUUUAUUUGCUGUCCUACGAGCUUUAUCUAGUAUAUUAUUUUGAAACUACAAUAGAAAGAGCAUGAUAUAUUUCACUAAUAUUAAAGAAUUAGUGAUGACUUUAUGAUUAAAAAUAAUCAUUUUUACACUCUUUAUCAAAUUUUUAAAAUGAUUCCUAUUUUCAAAUUAAGUCCAUUUUAUUAAAAGUAGAGUCAAUUAGUGCUAAUAUGAAGCACUCAAAAUAAUGAGGUAUACCCAUUUUAAGCAUAAGAAAACUUAAUAGCUAUUUUUUAUGAGAUUUUUUAUUUGUGACAUUUCAAAUUUUUGGCAUGCAACGCAUUAAUUAAUGAUAAAGCCAUACGAUGCAGGUGUGUCAUUAGUAGGGUCAAGAAAAGCCUGGAAUUGUCAGGGAAUUUUAUUCUGACUCUAAAAAUCAGGGAGAGUUGCAAUUUUUUACCAAAACUUGAAAUAUUCCUUCAUCAUACCUUGUAAAUGACCUGUCUUACAAUUUUCGUUAUCAGUAAUCAGUUAUCAAGAUUAGAGUUAAAUAACUCUGACAUCUAUUACAAUAAUUUGUUUUAAAAAUUUCACAGUUUAGUCAAACUUGCAUGUUUCCAUUCUCAUUUAUAAAUGAUAUUUUUUUGCUCCCAUAUUUGGCAUUACAAAUAAAAUAAAAAAAAUAAUAAUAAUUUCUGAUGAAAUAUCGGGAGAUUUGGAUAAAAUAUGGUGGCAUCAAAUGUUUUUUAAUCCAUAUGUAAAUAGGAAAAAUAAGCAGCUGGACUCUUACAUGCUCUGAGACCUGUUCUUUUUAUCCUUGCAUGACCUGCUGGGCAUGAGAAGUUUAAUUAAAAGUACACUGAUUUAGCUUUCCCCUUAAUUUUGAUUGCAAUUAAAGAUUUAUAAAACAAGGAUAACUUAUUUUUUUAUUCCCACAAAUAUGCUAAUUUUUAUAUUUAAUAGGUAAAGCUUAAAUGUAUUCCUAUAUACUUUUACUGUUUUGUCUUUCUAGUAAGUGGGAAAGAUUCUGACGUAAUAAGUGUAAUUAAAUAUAUUCAUUUAUUCAGGUUCGUUCAUUGAAGUGCGCUCAUAUGUUUUCAUUAAUAUAAAUUCGGAAAAAAUAUGUUUGAUCCUGUAAACGUUAAUUUUAAAAGUUGUAUUCAAAAAAGCAAAUGUUUCUAGUUACAAAAAAAUGAAUGAAUAUUUUUGUGUCUUUUUAUUUAUUUAAUUUGAAUUUCAUUCUGAUAAAUUUACUUUUCUAAUAUAGUUGAACCGUGUUUUUUUAAAAUUUUUCAUUACAAAUACAGGGAUAAAGGGGUGCAUUUAUUAUAAUUGUUUUCAUUAUUGCACUGACAAAACCAAAUAAAGAAAUAUAUUAAAAUUGCAGCAAAAACAAUUAACUCAGGUGCAUAUUUGAGACACUCUCAAUUUACCCUGUAAAGCUAAUGAGAUGUAUAAUUAUUUAAAUAUUUUUAUGAAGAAAGUUUAAACAUUUUUUUACAUAUUAAGUUGUAGACAAAGCGGGACCACCAAUUCAACAAUUAAAGAAUAGUAGUGAAACUUAAAUUUUUAUUUCAUAUUAGCUCUGAUUGACUUUACCGGUUUCCUAUUUUUUAAUAUUGUACUAUGUUGCUCUGCAAUAUUUUGUAUUCAAGUGAAAGCAAUCAUUUACCAAAUAGUAUUUUUAGAAACACUUACACUAUACAAUUUGUAAAAAUUUUUAUAAGUUCACUGUAAAUUUACUAUUCAAGUUUAGAAUACAGUUUUGAGUAGUAACUGAACUUAGAGGUGUAAAAUUUUCUUUUGAUUUCAUUCACACCUAUGUGUGAAAUUCAUAACUGUCACUUUUGUUUAUAUGUAUAUUGUGUUUUCGAUUAUUAUAUUGCUGCCAUAUUCUUGUGUAAUAAAAUGACAUUUCCUAUGUAAAAA